GGGACUUUUAACUCCGCCCUUUUCGGAAGGAAAACCCACUCGGGCGCCGCCGUCGCCGCCGCGGCUCGCCCUUCUGUAGCUCCGGUUCCCUCCCCUCCCGCCCUGUAUAAAAGCCCCGGGCACAACUUUGCACCCACCUCAGCCUGCCUUCAGCGCCCGCCCUGCCUCUCCAGCCCGUCUCCUCCGCCGCUCGCUCGCUCCCGCCUUUUGCCCCGCAGCCUCCGCCGAAGGCGCCAAGACCAGACCCCCGAGCCACCAUGAAGCGCUCCUCCGUCCGCAGCUUCAGCAGCCGCUCCUACACGGCGGCGCCGGUGAGCAGCUCCCGCAUCAGCACCUCUUACGCCUCCUCCACUUAUGGGGGCGGCCGGUUCGGCAGCGGCGGGAGCAGCUUCCGAGGGGCCUCCGUGGGCGUGGGCGGCGGCGUCGGCGGCAUGGGGGGCAUCACGGCCGUGAGCGUGAACAAGAGCCUCUUGGCGCCCCUCAACCUGGAGAUCGACCCCACCAUCCAGCAAGUGAGGACCAAGGAGAAGGAGGAGAUCAAGACCCUCAACAACAAGUUUGCCAACCUGAUUGACAAGGUCCGCUUCCUAGAGCAGCAGAAUAAGAUGCUGGAUACCAAAUGGAACCUCCUGCAGAACCAGAAGGUCACCCGAAGCAACAUGGACAGUAUGUUUGAGGCCUACAUCAACAACUUGCGCCGGCAGCUGGAUGGCUUAGGCCAGGAGAGGAUGAGGCUGGAUUCUGAGUUGGCUAACAUGCAAGGCCUUGUGGAAGAAUUCAAGACCAAAUAUGAAGAUGAAAUUAACCACCGUACCGAGAAAGAGAAUGAGUUCGUUCUUUUGAAGAAAGAUGUGGAUGAGGCCUACAUGAACAAGGUUGAGCUGGAAUCCCGCUUGGAAUUUAUGAUGGAGGAGAUCAACUUCUUGAGGCAGCUCUAUGAGGAGGAGCUGCGUGUUAUGCAGUCUCAGAUCAAUGACACUUCUGUGGUCCUGUCCAUGGACAACAAUCGUAGCCUGGACUUGGAUGGCAUCAUUGCUGAGGUCAAGGCCCAGUAUGAAGAAAUUGCUGCCAAGAGCAGGGCUGAGGCAGAGAGUAUGUACCAGACCAAGUAUGAAGAGCUCCAGACUGUGGCAGGCAGGCAUGGAGAUGACCUCCGCAACACCAAAAACGAAAUCAAUGAGCUGAACAGGAUGAUUAGCCGGAUACAGUCAGAAAUCGACGGUCUGAAAGGCCAGCGCGCAAACUUGGAAGCUGCCAUUGCUGAAGCGGAGGAGCGUGGAGAGCUGGCUGUGAAGGAUGCCUCCAACAAACUGGCCGAGCUGGAGAGCGCCCUGCAGAGAGCCAAGCAGGACAUGGCCCGUCAGCUGCGGGAGUACCAGGAGCUGAUGAAUGUCAAGCUGGCCCUGGAUAUAGAGAUUGCCACUUACAGGAAGCUGCUGGAAGGAGAGGAGAGCAGGCUGGAAUCAGGAAUGCAGAACCUGAGCAUUCAGACCAAAACAACUGGCUACUCAGGUGGUCUCAGCAGUGGAUUCGGUGGUUUUGGGGGAGGCUACAGCUCAUACUCGAGUGGCGGAUACUCCCUGAAUUCUUCCCCUCUGGAGAGCUCCGUAAUCACAAAGUCAAAAGCCAUUGUCAUCAAGAAGAUCGAGACCCGGGAUGGGAAGCUGGUGUCCGAAUCCUCAGAUGUGGUGUCCAACUGAGCGCCUCUCUUCUCCCAGAAGGAGGAACCUCUGACAAUUCCAAGUGCCUUAAUCCAAUGAGCCUUCUUUAAUCUGUUUUAGAUGGGUCAAAAACAGGAGAGCGGGCAAGGGAGGGGGGAUGGUGGAAAAACUACCUCCUGCUCUCACUUGAUUUGUGCUAGAGUAUUAUAGGGGACCCUGUGGCCCUUUAGAUGUUGCUGGACUACAACUCCCAUCAGCCCAACCAUAGGCAUGCUGGCUGGGGCUGAUAGGAAUUGAAGCCCAAUCCCAUCUGGAGAGCCUUUGUUUCCUCAGAGCCACUCUGGGUCAUGAGAUAAUUACAAAAUACUGUUAUGCCAGUUACUCUGUAUCUGUCCCGCACCUUAGUCAUCAUUCUUCGGUGACUAAUUAUAUGCUGGAAUUAGGAUAUUUUUAGGAUAUUUUUUAAAUUCACUGCCCUCCUACCCCAAAAGGUCAUUUUCCUCUUGAUACCUCCUUGGGCUUGUGGGUGAUCCCUGUUUGGCUACCCAAGGAUCAACACUCAAAAGAACUGAGUGUGAGAUUAGCGUGUAUCAUAAGUGGGUAUCAUGAUGUUUUCUAGAAUUUGCCGCACUUCCCUUCCAACCUCACUCACGGGUCAGGCUGGCUGGGAUUGAUUCAACCAGUGCAUCAGAAACACUGGUGACGGGGUGGAGGCACAGUUACAAAGCCUAGUGUACCAGAUUCCCAGCACUGCUCUUUUCUUGCUUUGGUUUCCUCCCCUCUUUAUAGAAAUAAACUGAUUUGUGUCAAAUCUUCAGCUAUAAAUCUCUCUCAACUCUGAGACAUGUUGGUUUCCUGUCAAGAACUUGGGUUGCCAGUUUGUCCCAAGAGGAGCGAGAAAGUGCUAAGACUGCUCUGGCAUCUUUAAUCUCUUAAAUGGUAGGGAAAAACUGUAGGCAAAACUUUUUCUUGGAUACCACAGAUAUAAAAAUGUCCUCCUAACAGGUGAUUGAGGUCAGGUGGAAAUGCAUUUCAUGCAUCAAAUACCCUACAGAGGAAAGAGACAAGACAACCAUUUUGUAAGCUAAAGUGUUGGCCUGAGUGAGAUCAUUUAAAGUGAUCCUGCUCCUUCCUCCACAUUUAAAUGAGAGGCAUUUGUGUAUUAGUGGAAAGCCCAAAAUCUGACAGGUGAUCUUUCCUGCCUUGUAGGAAUAUUAUUCUGUGCAGACUCUAUGGCCUGAAGAAGAAAGGAAAAUUUAAGAAUUGUGUUUGUUACUGCUAAUCUCACUGGGGACUCUCAGAAGCCUCUUCGGGACCCCAAAGAGGGGUUGGAUAGACACCCUCUCCGGCCCCACUCCCCACUAGUUUUGUUGGCCAUGUUUUUGUCAGCACUCUGUUUAGGCAGCAUCCUUCAUGGGUUAAUAGGAAUGAACUGAUUUCCUUCAUCAUAUAACAUCAGCACCUUAACAUGAACUUGAAAGUUUCCAAGAACUCAUCUUCACCUGUGAGCCUAACCAAACUUUCCCUUUUGGCCCUUCCCUGUUCAAUUGGCUCUGGUGAAACCAUGAUUUCCCAAAAUAUUUGGUUAAAGGAGCCUGUUGAAAAUAAGCUGCAAUUCGUAAGCUGGGCGGGUGAACCUUCAGUGGCAAUCCAGAUGUUUUGGAUGAGAGUUUCCACGGUCCUUUAUCUAGAGCAGUGGCUCUCAACAUUAGAUAACCCAGAUGUUCUUAGACAGAUGUUCCCAGAUGCCCACUACCCCAUAUGCUGACUGAUGUUUCUGGCAGUUGGUCUAAGAACACCUAGGUUACCAAAGGCUGAGGACCACUGGACUACAGUGCCAAAGGUUAAUCACCCCUGUUAUAGUGAGCUUGUGACAAGUGGAAACAUUCAGUUUUAAUAUCUUGAGGGGAAAAACCUUGAGUCAAAAUUUUUGAAAGCACAAAAAGUGAAAGUGAUUCAUGAAUUUUCUUGUCCUUGUAAAGCAUGAUUUGCUUAGAUCGCUAUAUUCAGUAGGACUACCUUGCAGGUAGAGGGUGCUUAACACUAGUCUGUUCUUGUACACAAUGGGUGGAAAACCUUUGGGCCUCCAGAUGUUUUGGAAUACAAGUCCCAUCAAUUGGUUCCCAUGCUGGGUGAGCCAAAACAUCUGGAGGACCCAAAGUUCCCUACCUUAAGUAGAGGUGAAUCAAUAUUGAUUGCUAUGGGAUCACAUGCUUCUGGUGUUUGUUUGAAAGGCUUCCCUGAUGCCUUUCUUCCACCUCUUGCUGCAACUCAGUGUGGAAUGUCGUACUUAUGUCAGAAAUUCAACUCUUAACUAAAGCUGUGAACAGAACUUCUGUGCUGAAGGAUGUAGAAAUGAAGCCACAUUUUUCCUCUUCCAGGAACACAAAGCAAAACGAUCUGUGAAUUCUCUUUUAAAAACUCUUAUUUGUUCUCCCUCUAAUUUGAAAUAAAAAAAAGCUUUGCCUCCAA